AUGUGUUGGCAAAUUCCACACUCGGCCUUAGCGAGCACAAAUGAGUCUCUCGCUUCCAGCUCACCUCGGUGCCAAGUUUCUACUCUGCCUCUGCGGAAAGACGCUGCAAAACUCCGGGGCCGGCGCGCGCUCCCACCGCGCACAACCCACAAGCGCUCCGCGCCGCGCGCGACGGCCAAAGCCGGGUGGGAAGAGUGGACGCCGCACCUCCGGCUUUCUGGGAGCGGAAAGCACAGGUCGGCCCCGCGGCCCGGCUCGCCCUCUGCUCGCUGCCCCUGCGCACCGAUUCUCUCCGGGAAUCGUCCACGAGAGCCCGAGGCCGCCCUCUCCUUCCGGAGGCGGCCGCGCGGGGCCCGCUGCCCUGGACGCCCGCCCCCCAAGUGCCGGCGCAGCCCGGAGACUCCGCCGCCCCAAGUUCGCCCGAGCACCGAGGCAUCUGGCACUUGGCGGACAGCUAGUCGGUACGUACGCGGCCAGCUGCUGCAGCGGUCUUGGCGCGCUCUCCCCAGAGGACGCCUCAGCCCCAACUCCGAAGUGACGGCCCCGGGCUCGGUCUCCUCAGUCGGCUGCGGCGGCCGGGACGCCCCCGCUCCCAUCGAGGGGGGGAAGGGAAGGUGGUGGGCGCGUUCUCCCUACUCCCCCCUCCAGCUCGGGCCCGCGGCUCCUUCCCGCCCGCGAGCCCCGACGGCACUCGCUCGGCCGCGGCGGCGGCGGCGGCGGUGGCGGCUCCUCCCGACUCGGGCGCGCGGGCGGCUGGGGCGGCGGCGCCUCCCCCCACUCCCCGCCCCGCCCCUCGCGCGCUCCCCCUCCCCCGCCCGCCUCCGCCGCCUCCGCCCCCCGCGCGCUGUCACACGGGGAGAUUCCGCUCUUGCUACAUGCGCCGCUCCGGCUCCCGCCCACGCGCGGCCGAGUGACGCAGAUCCCGGCGUGGGCCGCCGCGGGGCGGGGGCGGGGGCGGCGGCCGCCGGGGCCCGGGCUCGGCCUCUUCCCGCCGCCCCCGCCCCGCGGAACCCGGAGGGCGGCCCAUUCACGCGGCAGCUGGGAGGAACCAAACGGGCGCCUGGGAGGGGGCGGCUCCCGCGAGCCCAGCGCGGGGCGAGGGGCGGGAAGGAAGAAAACGGGGGUGGCGGGCAGGAGAGAAGGGAGGCCGCCUCGGGCCUGCUUGCCAGCUGCCGAGUGAACUGGGAAGAAAUGGGACAAGGGAAGAAUUCCUCGAAUUUUAGGAUUGUGUUCUUGAAGGCUGGAGAGCGUUUAGUAAAUAUAGAACGACUGCAAAUACAGGUCUACACCGUGCAGGUAAACGACCCACCAGUUCAAGUCCCCCUUUUAAAGCAUUCGCCGUGAGAGUGGAUGGAAGACUUUGUUUGUUCCCUUAACAAAGGUGUAUGACUAGUUAACCAAGACAAUAGGUUAACCAAAGCAAUAGGAAAAGAGCAUGUAAGAAAGAGAACUUUCUUGAAGUAAAUGGGCAAGCGUUGAAAGAAAGUGGGAGGAGAUGAGACAAAAAGAAGCUAAGUGCACUUGUGAGAAGUUAACUAAAGGGGGCAUAACUCUUGGAAGAAGUGAAAAACCAAGGAAGAAGUACCCAAAUCCAUAGCUCUCCUAAAGGAGAAAAAAAGAAGGGACAGAAAAGUGAUCACCCCAACAUAAAUUCCUCUAAGCUCACCACAAAGCUGUGCUCUUGACCUGGGAUGGAUGGCAGUGAUGGAUGGAGUAUUGGGGAUAGAUCUGCAGGAAGAAGGGGUAGAGAAAGAGCUGGUGUCCUGCUCUCCUGACUUGCAGAGAGCCUGUACGUUCGUUCCCUUUAAGUUGGAUUAGAAGAGGUGGUGAAUGUAUCAGACACAAGUGCGUAUCAGGUAGAAGUGCAUAUCAGGAAAAGGAAAGAAAAGCAGAAUGGGUUCAAAAAACACCCUCUGUGCCAAGUGCUUUCACUACACCGUGGUUCAGAUAUGAGGAAAGCGAAUGUGUUAAUAUUAAUGAGUUGGGCUAAUUGUCACAACAAAUUACUCAACACUGCCUUCUAGGAGCAGAUGCUUGGAAAGGACAAUGCAUGUAUUGUACAAUAAGAGACUUAGAGCUAUUGACAUAAAAGUAAAUCAUGUUCACAUACAAUUGCCAAGUUACAGUUUGGAUUUAUUGUUAUCUUACUGGGAUUUAUACAUCAUGACUCAUCAGCCUGCCCAGGAUUGGCAAUAGUAUAUGGGAGUCAAGAAUGUUAAAGACCUUGACUUCUUAAUAAUAGAAACUAGUGCUGCCUUUUCUUUUCAUCUUGUACUGUAACAACACUCUCUAAUAGUGACAGAGUGUGAGUUUUUUCCGACCAUAAAUAUAUUUCUUAAAUAAAAUUUUCCAAAUACUUCUGGUAUUGGUAAGUUUAGGAGUUCUUAUGUAAAUUGCUGGUCAAAAGGUAAACAAGCAUUAGAAGAGUAACUCAGCAAAUUGAGCCAAGAGUUUCAAAGUAAUCAUACAAGUAGAUCCAGCAGAUUCAUUUCUAGGGUAUUAUCCAAGUUUAUAAACAUUUAAGAAGAAGAUAUUUAUCACAACUUUAUUUACAAAAUUGAAAAACCAAGACACUUGAGAUGAUGAAUUGAUUAAAUUAUAGUACAUCGAUGUGAUGGAAUACAUUUAAUUAAUAUUUAAUAACCUUGGGAAAUGAUCAUGAUACAAUAGUAGUAGUCAAAAUAGGACAAAACUGAACAAACUAUAAUCACUCUAGCUAAAUAUGAAAGGAAAUUUACCAAAUCUUAGCAGUAGUUAUCUCUAGAUGACGGUAUUAUAGAUCAUUUUUUAUCCUUCUAUUAAUCAGAACUUUCAACAAUAAACAUGCAUUAACUUUAAGAAUCAGAGGGAACAUUGCACUGUUAUUUGUUUAAAAAAGAUCUUGCUUCAAAAGCAGUUUACAAUGAAAUAAAAAUGAAAACAAAAUUCUAUGUUUAUCUAUUUGAAAAGAGCAACAAAAAUCAGGAACUUAUUCAGUGAAUAUAUAUGUAUGGAGUACUUCGUAUGUUAGUUAUCUAUACUGAACUGUAUAUUGAGAGCCUACCAUGUGUGAGAUGGGAAUGUAUGAUAUAUAUUCUGAGCCACUGGGGAAGCCCAGACUGGGGCGGGUGUGUGUGUGUGUGUGUGUGUGUGUGUGUGUGUGUGUGUGUAUGUGUGUGUGUGUGUGUGUGUGUG